CUACAUAAAUCUCUGCACGCGCGGACAGAGAGCCAGAGACCCGUGUGCUGCGAACUCACCGCUUGGUGCCGUACGUCGUCGCCGCCGUCCAUGGCUCUCUCGGCCGAGACGGGCAAAGUUGUCCAGUGGCGGCGCUGGGCGUUCGCCAACCUGGGCUCGGUGCUGUCCAACUUCGGCUCGCUGUGGCUCCUCCUGGCGCCGCUGCUCGCCGCCUACGCGCCGCGGCGGCUGUUCAAGACCUACUUCAACCUCUUCCUCCGCCGGCACGCCCGGCGCCUCCUCGCCGUCGUCGACCCCUACGUCACCGUCGACGUCUCCGAGCCGGGCGGCGCCAGCGCGCACUACUCCCGGUACGGCCGCGUCACCGACAGCGGCGACAGCACCUACGAGGAGGUGAAGGCGUACCUGAGCGACGGGUGCGCGGGGGAGGCGCGCGAGCUCCGCGCCGAGGGCGCGUCCGAGGGCGACGGCGUCGUGAUCAGCAUGCGCGACGGGCAGGACGUCGCCGACGAGUUCCGGGGCGCCGCGCUGUGGUGGACGUCAGUGGUGCGGGAGGACGCGCAGGGGCAGCAGAGGGCGCACACCCGGCGGUGCCAGCGCCUCACGUUCCACCACCGCGACCGCCGCCUCGUCGUCGACGAGUACCUGCCGCACGUCCGCCGGAAGGGCCGCGAGAUCCUCUUCAGCAACCGCCGCCGACGCCUCUACACCAACAACAAAUCCGGCGACUCCUUCCGGUACGAUUACAAAGCAUGGAGCUACAUCGACUUCGACCACCCGACGACGUUCGACACGUUGGCCAUGGACACGGCCAGGAAGAGGGAGAUCAUCGACGACCUCGACGCGUUCCGGAGCGACAGGGACUUCUACCGGCGCGCCGGCAAGCCGUGGAAGCGGGGCUACCUGCUGCACGGCCCGCCGGGCACCGGCAAGUCCACCAUGAUCGCCGCCAUGGCCAACUACCUCGACUACGACAUCUACGACGUCGAGCUCACCGUGGUGAAGGACAACAACGACCUCCGCAGGCUGCUGAUCGAGACGACCAGCAAGUCCAUCAUCGUCAUCGAGGACAUCGACUGCUCCCUCGACCUCACCGGCGACCGCGCCGCCACGCAGCGGCGGGGGCGCCAGAACGACAGGGACGACGGCAGCAGGCGCCAUGACCGUGACGGCAGCAUGGUGACCCUGUCCGGCCUGCUCAACUUCAUCGACGGGCUCUGGUCGGCGUGCGGCGGCGAGCGGAUCGUCGUGUUCACGACGAACCACGUCGACAAGCUCGACGCGGCGCUGAUCCGGCGGGGCAGGAUGGACAUGCGCAUCGAGAUGUCGUACUGCGGAAUCGAGGCGUUCAAGACCCUCGCCAAGAACUACCUCGACGUCGACGACCACCGGCUGUUCGGCCCCGUCGGCGAGAUCCUCGGCAGGGAGAGCAUCACGCCGGCCGACGUCGCCGAGUGCCUCAUGACGGCCAAGCGCGCCGGCUCCGAUGACGAGUCCUCCCGCCUCGAGAUCGUGAUCGACGAGCUGAAGCAGACGGCAGAGGCGAAUGCGAAGGCGAAGGCUGAGGCAGAGGCGAAGGCGAAGGCCGAGGCAGAGGAAGAAGCGAAGGCGGCAGAAAUGGAUCGUGACAACACUCGGGAAGAACAAAAUGGACGAAAGUCUCCCAAAAUUUGAAGAUACUGGAGAUUUGCAAAUCGUCUUUACGGAUUUGCUAGGUUCUGCGAUGGACACGCAAACGAGUAUUUACUGUUCAGUCUCAUAUUUGAACACAACGGGACAAAAAUUGCUGUGGAACAAUUGCAAAGGAGUUUCCUCACACUCGUACUUAGAGCAAUAUAACCAAAUUACUAGCUCCAAAUCAUAUAUAUAACCAAUUUAAUAACUUAUUUAUACAGUAGUUACUUAUAAAUAUAUACCACAUCGGUAAUAUCUGAUCUCA